ACACAAAUGGCGUGGACCCCCCGCAGAGCGCAUUGGCAGUCAUGAGCCGAGCGAUGUUUGCAACGCCGAACAGCCAUUGCCUAUCUGUAAAGUACGAAAGCCGCCAUAUUUGCUGCGCCUUUGGGAUAUUUCAAGGAUGAAGUGAAGAUGGAUUUCACACUUAAAGAAUGACAUUUUCCAUCUCAAAUAAGUUUACCAUGGACGAUUUUUCGUCUGCUAGAUCAAAGAAAUAAAAAUAAAGGUCCAAAACUACAGUUGAGUGCCAUCAAUGAGUUAUGUCUGCAGCCAUAAUGGAUCAUGACUACGGACAGCAGCUAGCAGAGCCUGUUCAUAUUCAGCAGCUGGAGCAUGCUCUCAGAAUCGAACCACUCCUCUCCUAUGUGGAGAACAUUGUGAAGGAACCUGUGGGAUUCAGCAGUGAUGGCUGUGACAGUUCUGAUGGGGAGUUUGAUUUCCUGCAGCCAUGUUUACGUGAUGAGGAUGACAAUAAAAUUCUGAAUGGGAUUACCAUCACAAAAGCAGAGAGAAAAGCAGACAAGACAAGGUUAUACAAUUUGGGCAAAGCAAAGAAAGGAAGAAAAUGGUUAAAGAACAUCCUUCUGAGUGACAGUUCAUCAGAUGAGGAUGAAGAAAAACCGAUUACAGAAGAAGACCUUCAGCACAUGCUGAAAGUCCACAAAUACCAGAGGAAGCAUCAGAUGAGAUUCUACCAGGACCCAGAGCUUCGUCAGUACCAGUACUACAGUACAGGGCUCUUGUCGAACUAUGAUAAAUACCAUGAACACCAGAAAGCUGUACUGGGACCAAAGAAAAAGAUAUCCAAAGAUCACAAAAAGAAAGAAAAGAGAAUUAAAGAGAAAUUAAAAGAAAUGAAAAAGAAGAAGCAGCAUCAGAAUGGGGACGAUGAUGGGGAGAUGGAAGAAGUAGACCCUUCAAUUGUGGAGGCUUACUUAGCUCACAAGAAAAACCAGGCUGCCAGAGGGAGAGGCAAGAAGCUCACCCCGGAGCAGGCUGAUGUCAAAAGAAAGAGGCUGUGGGUCUCUAUUGCCAAAAAGGAAAUACCCAAAGCCCAAAAGCAGAAAGCAUCUGCGAGAAAGGAAAUACUGCAGUCUUUAAAAAAGAUGUCUCAACAAAGUAUGAGGGAAUGCAGAAAGGCAGCUAUCAACUCGCAGAAGAUGAGCAAAGAUUGUACUUCUAGAGCCAAGAGGCUGAGUAGAGAAAUGGUCAGCUACUGGAAACGUUUUGAAAAAGUAGAAAAAGAUAUUCGCAAAAAGGCAGAAAAGGAAGCUCAAGAACAACGAAAGAUGGACCUGGAGUUAAGAGAAGCAAAAAGGCAGCAAAGGAAGCUGAAUUUCCUGAUCACUCAGACAGAGCUGUAUGCACAUUUCAUGGCUAGAAAGCUGACCGGUGAAUCUGAGUCUGCAAAGAAUGAUAUUCUUGGAAAGCUUGAUGAGGACAAGCCACAGAAUCAGCUAGAGGUGGAGGGAAGAGUGUUGGUGGAUGUAGCAGCGGAUGAUUAUGAUAGUGAAAGAGUGAAGAAUCUAGCUCUGAAGAAUGCCCAGGAUGCUUAUGAUAAACAUCAGGAGAAGAGACAAUUGUUUGAUCAGGAGGGUUUAAGUCUUGCCAAUCCCUCCAUAAGCACAGAUGCUGAGAGACCCCAGCCCAGCAUGUUUGAGGGAACACUCAAAGCUUACCAGUUGAAGGGAAUGAACUGGCUGGCCAAUCUGUAUGACCAAGGCAUCAAUGGUAUCUUGGCUGAUGAGAUGGGUCUGGGUAAAACGGUCCAGAGUAUGGCAUUCCUGGCCCACUUAUCAGAGGCCCAGGGGAUUUGGGGACCAUUCCUGGUAAUUGCACCAGCAUCAACUUUACACAACUGGCAGCAGGAAUGUGCAAGAUUUGUUCCUAGAUUUAAGAUAGUGCCUUACUGGGGGAACACCCAAGACCGGCGGAUUCUGAGGAAGUUCUGGGACCAGAAGUGUCUCCACACGGAGGAGGCCUCCUUCCACGUGGUCAUCACCAGCUACCAGCUGGUCAUCCAGGACGUCAAGUACUUCCAGCGAAUCAAGUGGCAGUACAUGAUACUGGACGAAGCACAGGCCAUCAAGAGUAGCAGCAGUGUCCGAUGGAAAAUUCUUCUUGGUUUCAACUGUCGAAACAGACUGCUUCUUACUGGUACACCAAUACAGAACAGCAUGGCUGAGCUGUGGGCUUUGCUCCACUUCAUAAUGCCUACAAUGUUUGACUCUCACGAUGAAUUCAAUGAGUGGUUCUCUAAAGACAUUGAAAGUCAUGCAGAAAAACAGUCAGGGAUUGAUGAGAAUCAGUUGAGUCGUCUUCACAUGAUUCUGAAGCCUUUCAUGUUAAGGAGAGUCAAAAAGGAUGUGGAAAACGAGUUAUCUGAUAAAAUUGAGAUUUUGGUGUACUGUCCACUGACCACCAGACAAAAGAUGCUGUACCAGGCUGUGAAGAACAAGAUCUCCAUAGAAGACAUUCUGCAAGGAACUUCAGGCAAUGCCAGUCAGGCUCAGAGUUCCACCUCCAGCCUCAUGAACCUGGUCAUGCAGUUCAGAAAGGUUUGCAACCACUCUGAACUCUUUGAAAGGCGUGAGAUCAAGUCUCCAUUUUUCAUGAAAACUGAAUCAUAUCAUUUGCCAAAGCUCAUAUAUCAAGAAGGUCUCUAUGAAACCAUGACACAAAGUUUUCAAAGAAUUUUGUAUGGCAUGUUUUACAUUUUCUCUCCAGAGAAUGUCCAUUCUUCAAUUUUUUCAGAUGAAUCCUCAUAUCGAUGUUUCUCCUUCAUCAGAUUUGUCAAUUUAUCUCCUAAGGAGAUCAUGGACUACAUGUUUGGAGGACUUAUAGUCAGGUGGUUAGGAGUUUUCAUUUUGAGAAAGAUAGAGGAGAGAAUACGUCAUUCUCAUACCUGGGAUGAAGUUCCACAAAGCCAGUAUAUUCAGAACAAAGAUUUUUUGUUGCGGCCCCUCAGAACCACGUCUUUCAGUAAUUUGUGCGAGAGUCCAAACCUCCGACAGCUCAUGUUCACCAGUCCUACCUCCACCUUCUACGGAUUCAGUCCGUGUACGUUACACUCCAUGAAGGAGACGAUAGCUCAUCGUAGAAUCCGGAUGAGGAAUCAGAGAGCUCUGAAAAGUCCUCCUUCAUCACCCUCUAAAAAUCACCACAGUGUACAGUCCCUAGAAGAUUUCCCUCUACAUCAUCACAUUCCAAGGCCCAGCCGAGUUCUCCACUGUCAGCCCAUGGACUUGCCCAAAUUUCUAUUCUACACAAUACCCAAGAUACAAGUGAAACCACAUCGGUAUUUCUGCCCUGACCGUGGAGCCGCCUGGCGGGUGAUGAAGGAGAACCUUUGUGGUACCCCUGAGGGUCUGCUAAGUGUCCUGUAUGGUAGCCCCGAAGUAUAUGAACUGGUCCGCUGGUACAACCCCUGGCACUUCUUCACAGCCCCAGCAGGGGGCCUCAUGUGCUCCAAACCAAUCCAUGGCUGGUCUGGUUGUUUUGUACCAGACAAAGAAUCCUUGAUCUCAGAUGCUGGUAAACUCUCAGUGCUAGAUACUCUGUUAGCCAAGUUGAAAGCGGAGGGACACAGAGUGCUUAUUUACUCUCAGAUGACCCGCAUGAUAGAUUUACUUGAGGAGUACAUGUGGCACAGGAAACACACCUACAUGAGGCUGGACGGCUCGUCCAAGAUCUCAGACAGGCGAGACAUGGUGGCUGAUUUCCAGACUCGCUCGGACAUCUUUGUGUUCCUGCUGAGUACGAGAGCUGGAGGGCUCGGAAUCAAUCUGACUGCUGCUGACACUGUGAUCUUCUAUGACAGCGAUUGGAACCCCACUGUGGACCAGCAGGCCAUGGACCGGGCUCACAGACUGGGACAGACCAAACAAGUCACCGUCUACAGGCUGGUCUGUAAGGGAACUAUAGAGGAGCGGAUCCUAGAGCGAGCCAGGGAAAAGAGUGAGAUACAGAGAAUGGUGAUCAGUGGUGGAAACUAUAAAACAGACAUGCUUAAACCUAAGGAAGUUGUCUCCCUUCUACUGGAUGAUGAAGAAAUUGAGAAAAAAUUGAAGCUAGGAAAGCAAGAUGGAGAAGGAGGAAAAGACAAAGACAGAAAGAGGAAACGAGAAUACAAGAAAAGAGAGAACAAGAAGUCUAAGGGAGAUGAUGUCAAUGUGACGUACCAGGCUGACAGCGAAUCAGUGUACAGUUUGGACUCGACCUCUGUCCCAGCAAGUCCCCUCAGUGUGAUGUCGGUGGGGAGUGAGGCCACCAAUCAGCAGGCAGUGGAUGACAGCAGUAACGACGCCCUGGUUAUUGUGGACGACUCUCACUAUCCCCCAGUUACCCCAACAAGUAAAAGAGGAAAGAGAGGUCGACCCAAAGGAUCGACAGGUGUGCCGCGGAGAUCGCGGGGGCGGGGUGGUGUCAGAAAAUCCCUGAGUGCUGCAGAACUGGCUGGGGCCCAGGCAGGGAUGACAGCAGCCUAUGCUGCGUACGGCUACAACAUUGCAGGAGCCUCACCAGCUUCCAAGCUGCCUGCUCCCACUGACUCCUCCAAAUCCGAAUCUCCAAGUCACCAGAAGUCUUGAGGAGAAACAGGAUGUGUACUUUGUAUUAAAUCCAAUAGCUUGGACAUCCGUGCAUAGAAUCCAACAACUUGGACAAGACUGUACUGUGCUAAUACCAGGGAAAUAGCGGGCUGUAUUUCCUGCGUCUACUUGUGCGAGAUGUUACAGACUUGAAGAAAUUUGUUACUUUUUUUAAUGAGACAAUCAUGAGAUAAUUGGAAUAUUAAACAGAUUUCUGAUAUUGAA